GGGGUGUGGUCCAAAUAAACAGCCACAACCACAAAUCCAGCUAAGCUGAGGACAUUGUAUGGUAAAACAGCUCAGGUUAUAGAACAGAACUAGGAACAGAAAGCACUGCCUGUCACGAUGUUAUGAAAGCUACUUCUUUUUAAGCUGUGAGUAGACAGAAGGCAUCACAUCCAAUAACGUCAGUCCCAUCAAGCAAGAGUAUCCAGUUGAACAGCAAUGAAUAACUCUUUCAAUGACAGCCAAUACGGCCCUGACUAUGACUAUAGCUAUGAGGAUGAAGUCUGUGAAAAAGGUGAGGUGGUCAAGUUUGGAUCCAUUGCCAUUCCCGUGUUCUUCUCUGUUGUGAUCACACUGAGCCUCACAGGAAACAUCCUCGUCCUUGUAAUCCUGGCUUUGUACGAAAACCUCAAGUCUCUUACCAACAUGUUUAUCCUAAACCUGACCAUCUCUGACCUCGUCUUCACCACCGGUCUCCCCUUCUGGGCAAUUUACCACAUCUGGGGAUGGUUGUUUUCAGAAGUCCUCUGCAAAAUUGUGACUUUUGUCUUCUUCACUGGGUUUUACAGCAGCAUACUUUUCCUGACCAUCAUGACCAUCUACAGGUAUCUGGCUGUGGUACACCCUCUGUCUGGCCUGAGCACACUCAAACUCAGUCGCAGCACUGGAGUUUAUAUGUCUUUCUUAUUGUGGAUAGUCAGUAUUGGUGCAGCCAUGCCCUCCCUGCUCUACAGCGCCCUCGUCUCGAUCCCCCACAAAGAUAAACACUCCAUGGGCUGUGAAUACAAAGACCCUGUGUGGAAAAGAAUUGGCAUCUUCCAACAGAACAUUUUUUUCUUGGUCACUUUUGCAGUGAUGGCUUUCUGCUACAUUCGAAUACUGUGGAGAAUCACAAGAACAAGAUCUCACACAAAAAACAGAGCAGUGAAAUUAGUCUUCUGCAUCGUGGCUGUGUUCUUCCUCGGUUGGGUGCCGUACAAUGUGGUCAUUUUUCUAAGUGUUUUGGCUAACAAUGUGAUUCCAUCACUUUAUACCUGUGACGCAAGUAUCAAGCUUGACUAUGCGUUCUAUGUGUGCCGGCUCAUUGCUUUCUCCCACUGCUGCCUGAACCCUGUCUUUUAUGCAUUUGUUGGUGUGAAGUUUAGGAGUCAUUUAAAGUCACUGCUGCAUCGUAGGUUCAUUUGCCAAAGUCCAGACGAAGAACAGCAGGUUAGAAUGCCAACCUUCUCCCGUGGAUCAAUGUACUAGUUGCUGUUUAAGUAUAUAAUUUCCUUGCAUUUGCUGCUGCAUUACUGAAUUUAAAAAUGACUAGUGUAAGCUGCACUCAAUAUUCAAAUCUGAGCUUUUCUGUGUAAUUGCUGUGUGCCUGUGUCUGUGUUAUACAUUUUCACAUAUGUGGUUUGUUACAUUUAUUUACUGGCACUUUAAAAGAAAGUCAUGUAUUUAAUGGGCAUGUAAAAAAUAUUAUUCUUUAGUCGCAGUGGAAGUGGAGCCAUGAUGUUCAUUUAAUGAUACACUCACUUUUGUGAGAGCGAGUUUGCACUUGUGUCAUAUGCUAAAUGUUGGUUUUUCAAAUAUUUAAUUAUGUAAAGGAUUUGUUAACAACCUUUUUGCUGUGAUGCUAGUACAUAAGAUUGUAUAUUAAACAUAGUCUGCCCAAAUUUGAAUCAAUUGAAUUGUCAAUGUCCGCACAUUGGAGAAGGAGCUAUCUGUCACAAUCAAUGAUGAAGAGUGGAAAGAUAUCUGAAGGCACACUAAAUCAAUUUAAGAUUAUACACAAAACGCAUAUAUCCCCCUUCCGUAGACAUCAUUUUACCCAUGUGCCUUAAAUGCAAGACAGAAAUGGGUACUCUAACUCAUUGUCUUUGGUCAUGCCAUGUCGAAACAAUAAGCGAUUGUACUGUAUUCUGUAUGCUGUGAGGAAGAACAUUUUAUUGCAGCAGAUCCUGCCUGAGUGGAUUCCUGCAAAAGUACCAACUGUUAAUGGCUGGCAGAUAGUGUUGUUUGACUUAGUGCCAUUACAGUACCUUACAUCUAUAUUACAUUCAAAAACAGACCAAUUCUAUAAAAUUUGGAAACUCCACCUGAACUACGUAGAACCUGGUGUCUGCCAUCACGCUGCAAGGACCUCUGGUGAUGUGUGUGUAAAUCUGAGCUGGUGUUCUGUGCUUUUGGUUUGUUUGUUUUUUAUUGUUUAGUCUUUUGUACUUUUUUUUUCCUCUCCUGUGGAUUUUAUAAUGUAUCCGUCUUCUACUUGUUGUGAAAGGGAAAACUAAUAAAUAUAUUGCCAAAAAAGAAAUGUCAAGGUUCAAGUGGUUUACAGAUUAGUGUAAAAUUAAACUUGUCAAACAUCGUAAACAUAUUUAAACCUUUAAUGGUCCCACCUAGUAAAAAGCAAUGUAAAGAAGAAGUGCAUCUCAAUGUAAUGCCCAUUAACAGCAAAUUCAUAUGUUCAACAAACUGUAUAGACUUAUAUCUAGUAAAGAGAAAUAAAAGACAUUUUAAUUUCA